AUGUCAUUAUCCAACAAAGAAGUCGGUUCCCUUAUUGUAGAUUUUUUAUCUACUGUUAUCAAAAACAAGGAAAUUUCCGAAGAUAGCGCUGAUUCUUUAAAUGUCGCCAUUGAUUGUAUCACAGAAUCUUUUGAAUUUGAAAGAGAUACUGUUGCACAAACCCUUCAAGAUAAAUUCAGCGGUAAGACUUUGAAGGAAAUACUUUCCAGUGCAUCUGCCACUUCAACCGGUUCCGAAAAGGAGGAAUCUGUUAAGGUUAAUAUCCCAGUAGAGGAUGCUGAGAUCAAAGCCACUGCUGAAUCUUUCAAGCUAGAAGGAAAUAAAGCUAUGGCUGCUAAGGAUUAUAGACUGGCCAUUGAAAAAUACAGCGAAGCUAUUAAGACUUUACCAACUAAUGUCAUCUAUUAUGCAAACAGAGCUGCCGCCUAUUCUUCAGUUAAGGAAUAUGAUAAUGCCAUUAAGGAUGCUGAAAAGGCUAUUGAAAUUGAUCCAGCUUAUUCCAAGGGUUACUCUAGAUUGGCAUUUGCUAAAUACGCCUUAAAUAAGCCCGAAGAAGCUUUAGAAUACUAUAAGAAGGUCUUGGAUAUGGAAGGUGACAAGGCUACACCAGCAAUGAAAAGAGAUUUUGAAAUGGCCAAGAAUAGAGUCGAAUCCUCCAUGAAUUUGGAAAAAUCAUCAACAACCACUCCAGAACCUUCAAGAUCUGCUGGCCAACAACCUGCUAAUCCCUUUGCUGGAUCAGGUAUGCCAGAUAUGUCUUCAUUGUUUGGUAAUGGAGGCGGUAUGGGUGGUCUUUCCAGCUUCUUGAAUAACCCUCAAGUUAUGCAAGCUGCCCAGCAAAUGAUGUCCGAUCCAAAUUCUAUGCAAAAGAUGCAAGAAAUGAUGCAAAAUCCAAACCUUAGAGAAAUGGCCCAAAAUUUAGCCUCUGGUGAUGCUAAUCUAGACGAUUUAAUGAAUAAUCCAUCUGUUAAGGAUAUGGCCAAUAAUCUAUUUGGUCCAAAUGGUGCUCCAAAAUAA